AUGGAAUCAGAGCCUGGUAGAGCAAAAGACUCAAAUGGUUUUUUCUUUCCAGUGACAUCCUCCAGAAACGCAAAGUGGUGGUACUCAGCCUUUCACAAUGUCACCGACAUGACUGAAGCUCAAGGGUGUGCAAUCAUUGAGGUUCUUAGUAGAGAGAAGCAUAAUGAAUUGCUUGUUGCACUCUAUUCGUACAUCUCUUCACAGGGAUCAUCUUUAGUUUCUGUAGAUCUUUCUAGUUCUGAUGUUACAGAUUCUGGUUUGUUACGUAUUAAAGAAUGCAAGAAUGUUGAGGCUUUAAACCUUAAUUUUUGUGAACAUAUCUCUGAUGUUGGGCUCGAAUGCAUUAUUGGUCUUUCAAACUUGACAAGUUUGAGUUUGAAGAGGAACACAAACAUCACUGCAAAAGGAUUGAGUGUACUUUCAGGGUUGGUCAAUUUGUCAAAGUUGGACCUUGAAAGAUGUUCUGAAAAAGGACUGAGUGCAUGUGGGCAUCUGGGUCAUGUGGGGCUUGUGGAACAAGGGUUAUACUAUAUGUACGAGUUAAUGAAACAGAAGGGUGUCAAACCUGGUUUAAACCAUUAUAUGUGUAUCAUUAACAUGCUAAUCAAGGCUGGACAACUAAAUGAAUCUUUAAGUUUCAUCGUAUCAACACCAAGCAAGUGGGAUGUCUUUGCUUGGACUGCCUUGCUUAGUGCUUGUCGUUUGAGUAGGGUAAUCCAUCUCAAACAAAUGGCAAUUGUUCGUUAA